UUUAUUGUCGUCCUUCUUCCCGUUGAGCUAAUCGGUUCUAGUCCACCGCUACACCUGCUCAUUCCGUUAUUAAUCCUCCCUACUCACAACAUGGAUGAUUUUGACAUGCUGAACGCGCCCGCCGCUGGAAACGGAGUGGGCUCGGAUGAGGACCCCGCUGCCGCUUUCUUGGCCCAACAGGAGAGCGAAAUCGCGGGGAUUGAAAACGACGAAGGCUUCAGCAUCCUGGAUAGCGGAGAGGUGCCCUCCUCGCUGGGAGACUCCAGCGAUGGUGCUGUCAACGGAGAUCUUCAUGGGGAAAGCAACGGUCCAUCCGAUGCCUACGCAGCAAUCUCCAGUGCUGACCGGCUGCAGGCUGAACCUGAAAGUCUUCGCAAGUGGAGAGAGGAGCAAAGCGAGCGCCUGCAGUUGCUAGAUGAAAACUCCAUCAAGCAGGAGUCUGAGUGGAAGGAAAAAGCCAAGGUGGAGCUGGAGGAGUGGCACGCCAGGCAGGACGAGCAGCUGGAGAAAACCAAAACCAAUAACAGGGUUCUGGAUGAAGACUUCUACAAGCAGCCCUUCUCUGAGCUCAUUGGUUAUGUCACACACAUUAACCAUCCUUGCUACCGCCUAGACCAGGCGGCUGAGGAGGCCAUGAUUUCAGAUCUGGAUGAGAAUAACCCCGGCACAGAGUGGGAGCGGGUGGCUCGCCUCUGCGACUUCAACCCCAAGUCCAGCAAGCAGGCCAAAGACGUGUCCCGCAUGCGCUCCGUCCUCAUCUCCCUGAAGCAAUCCCCGCUGGUCCGCUAGGCAGCCGAUCGACUCGGGGCGUCAUUCCAUAUCAUCCUCUAUUAUCACCACACACCCACCAACCCAACGACCACAAUCUCUAUUCUGAAGACAAGGUGAACUCGGCAUAUGUUUGCCAUGGACAGCUCUCUUCCCCCCUGGAAGUAUAGCCAGUGGUCCUAUCUACACCUAGCAUUUUCUCCAUGGUUUUACCCGUGUGAACCUCCUCCACAGACCAAUCAUAACCGCGUAUUCCUCUUCCUUGUUGUUUCACACACAGAGAUUAAAGCCUGUUCGUCUGUGGUCUGAUGUAACACUGAGUUGGGACACUAAAAGGGAAGGCUUGAUGUUUGGGCCUACAGCUACACUACAACACACUACAAUCGGACCCCAAACAUUAUUAAUAUCAUUCCCAUGAUGCUGUACUCUUAUCGCUUUACCUGUCAUUCUCCUGAAUCCCCCUCUGACCUACCAGGGUUGAUUGAUGUUCAAUGGUUGUAUUCAUCCCAAUGUUUCCCAUUCUUAUUUUUCUUCAUCGUAUAUUUAAGGACCAAACUCUUAAGACAAAACUCCAAAUACAGUGUGUGUACUUUCAACUGUGUGUCGAGCUUGCUUGUGGCAUAUUAUGUUAGAUUUCCAAUCUAUGCAUUUCCUUUUGAAAAGCCUCUCCCUUUCCAAGUCAGGAACUCGACAAAGUCCAGCCAUUACAAUAAAUACGGCUCGUUUGUGUGCGUGUGUGUGUGUGUGUGUGUAAACCUCAAAAGUUAGUAUGUGUGUAUGUACUCUAUGCGUGUACCUAUGUACAUAUACAGAAGGCAAUAUAUAUACAGUAUAUAAAACAUUUAUGUCACUGAAGUUUGACAGUUGUUGUUAUAAAGAGAAUUAGAUAUUAGCCUGCUGUUGUUUAACCAUCGUGUGCAUUGUCCAUUUGAUUUCAAUAUCAGUGAAAAGUGAAUAAAAAGUAGUCAUUCUUCAA